CUGAGCCACCCAGGCGCCCCAAAUGCUGACUUUUAUAUUUUAAAUGCUACAUCUAUAUCUAUGGAGGGAUUGAGAGACAGAGUUAUCCACCAUAGAAAGGAAUAUACCUUAUUAAUAGAAAAUGUAAGAGCAUGCUAUGAGUCCAUUGGUCUUCCCAGUAGCUCCCUUCCAGGCUUGGUCUGGUGUAGGCAUGACCCAUGGAAAUCAACCAGAACUUGCCCUCCAGAAAAUCACGAAGAAAUCCGGGGAAAUUCGCAAGGGAAAAAGCAAGGAUAGCUUGACCAUGUCUUAAGAGAGCAGAAGGACUCAGAUAAUGCAGCUAAAGCAGAAGGCAACUAAUGAGAAAAAGCCUAUGCAGACAAAAGACAAAUGAUGACUCUUUGGAAAACCUGGGUGCUAUGCCAGCUAGGCAUAUCGCAAGCUCUAUGGUCAAAAUUUUCUGGCACAAACAGUCACAUGUUAUGGCAUAUCCUUACGAAACUAUCUUACACUUAAAAAAAAAAAAGUAAUACACCUUUUUCUGGAAGGCUUUUUGACUCAUUGACAAUUUAAUCAAUUUUAAUUCAUGAACUCAUGAUCCAGAGUAAAUUAUUUCAAAACAUGCUGCUUUGCUACUUCAGAGUCUAUGCAUAAACAAUAUAUCUGUGUUUGCCAAUUCUUUCUUUGUUUACUGAUUGU